CUCGCUCUCACAGAUCCGAGCUGAUGCUUCUUCUGAUGCUUCCUCUGCAGAAUUGGUCUGAUGGAGCAAAGGCACUCAGCGCGGCUCGGUAGACAAAGACAACAAUGGGACCAGUAUGCAAACAGCAUGGAUUGUACUGGAAAUUUUACACAGGACCAGAGAUCUCCAACGGGAGAGAAACCCUUCAAGUGCACUGUCUGUGGGAAGGCGUUUAAAGAUUCAUCUUAUCUUAAAAUACACCAGAGAACACACACAGGAGAGAAACCCUUCAAGUGCACUGUGUGUGGGAAGGCAUUUUCAGAUUCAUCUGAUCUUAAAAAACACCAGAGAACACACACAGGAGAGAAACCCUUCAAGUGCACUGUGUGUGAGAAGGCAUUUGCAUGGUCAUCAUGUUUACAGAUCCACCAGAGAACACACACAGGAGAGAAACCCUGUAAGUGCACUGUGUGUGGGAAGGCAUUUUCAAAUUCAUCUUAUCUUAAAAUACACCAGAGAACACACACAGGAGAUAAAGCCUUCAAGUGCAGUGUGUGUGAGAUGGCAUUUUCACAGUCAUCUAAUCUUAAAAUCCACCAGCGAAUACACACAGGAGAUAAACCCUUCAAGUGCAGUGUGUGUGAGAUGGCAUUUUCACAGUCAUCUAAUCUUAAAAUCCACCAGAGAACGCACACAGGAGAGAACCCCUUCAAGUGCAAUGUGUGUGAGAUGGCAUUUUCACAUUCAUCAAAUCUUAAAAAGCACCAGAGAACGCACACAGGAGAGAAACCCUUCAAGUGCACUAUGUGCUUGAAGGCGUUUGCACAUUCAACACAGCUUCAUAGACACCAGAGAACGCACACAAGAAAGAAACCCUUUAAGUGCAGUGUAUGUGGGAAGGCAUUUUCAAGUUCGUCGUAUCUUAAAAUACACCAGAGAAUACACACAGGAGAUAAACACUUCAAGUGCAGUGUGUGUGAGAUGGCAUUUUCACAGUUAUCUAAUCUUAAAAUCCACCAGAGAACGCACAAAGGAGAGAACCUCUUCAAGUGCAGUGUGUGUGAGAUGGCAUUUUCACAGUCAUCAAAUCUUAAAAAGCACCAAAGAACGCACACAGGAGAGAAACCCUUUAAGUGCAGUGUGUGUGGUAAGGCAUUUUCAAGUUCCUAUUAUCUUAAAAUACACCAGAGAUCACACACAGGAGAGAAACCCUUUAAGGGCACUGUGUGUGGGAAGGCAUUUUCAAAUUCACAUCUUAAAAUCCACCAUAGAACGCACAAAGGAGAGAACCCCUUGAAGUGCAGUGUGUGUGAGAUGGCAUUUUCACAUUUAUCAAAUCUUAAAAUACACCAGAGAACACACACAGGAGAGAAACCCUUCAAGUGCAGUGUGUGUGAGAUGGCAUUUUCACAGUCAUCUAGUCUUAAAAUCCACCAGAGAAUACACACAGGAGAUAAAGCCUUCAAGUGCAGUGUGUGUGAGAUGGCAUUUUCACAGUCAUCUAGUCUUAAAAUCCACCAGAGAAUACACACAGGAGAUAAACCCUUCAAGUGCACUGUGUGUGAGAUGGCAUUUUCACAGUCAUCCAAUCUUAAAAAGCACCAGAGAACGCACACAGGAGAGAAAGCCUUUAAGUGCAGUGUGUGUGGGAAGGCAUUUUCAAGUUUAUAUUAUCUUAAAAUACACCAGAGAAUGCACACAGGAGAGAAACCCUUCAAGUGCAGUGUGUGUAGGAAGGCAUUUUCAAGUUCGUCUUAUCUUAAAAUACACCAGAGAUCACACACAGGAGAGAAACCCUUCAAGUGCAGUGUGUGUGAGAUGGCAUUUUCACGGUCAUCACAUCUUAAAAAGCACCAGAGAACGCACACUGGAGAGAAACCCUUUAAGUGCAGUGUGUGUGGGAAGGCAUUUUCAUGUUCAUAUUAUCUUAAAAUGCACCAGAGAACACACACAGGAGAGAAAGCCUUCAAGUGCACUGUGUGUGGGAAGGCAUUUUCAAGUUCAUUUUAUCUUACAAUACACCAGAGAACACACACAGGAGAGAAACCCUUCAAGUGCACUCUGUGCGGGAAGGCGUUUGCACGGUCAUCACAUCUUUAUAGACACCAGAGAACACACAGGCAUCAGAAGACCCCCAAAGAGUGUAGUCUGAAAUCGACUUGUGAAAGUCAAAGUGCUGCAAUGAGCCCAUCCAUCCUGAAAAAAGAACCAGAAGUAAAUUCCAGCUUGGACACUAUGAAAUGUAUCAAGGUGAAAUUUGAAGAUGCGACAGUGACCAGCGAAGAAGUGACAGUGAAGAGCGAAGAAGUGAAGGUAAAAUGUGAAGAUGAACAUUCAACUCCAAAAUCGGACCUUAACAUCAAUGGAGGCAACGUGAAACAGGAGGAGAAUUCUGACUAUGAGGCAGAGCAAGGCAACUCCCAGCAGUUUGUGGAAGUGGAGGUGUGGGUGGACUUCUUAGACAAUACAAAGUCAAAUGGAGAACCUGUAAAGACUACAAGCGACAGAGAGUCAUGCGACGGGCAGACUCCGGGGCAUGGCCUCGAGAUCAACAAUGGGUGUUGUCUCGCAGAGAAGAGGGGCGAAGUGAUGCUCGGUGCUGAGUUCGGCAUGGACCGACAGAUGACGUCAUGUCACCUGCUGCCGCGUGACGUCACGAGCUGCUACACCGCGCUCGCUCUCACAGAUCCGAGAAUUGGUCUGAUGGAGCAAAGGCACUCAGCGCGGCUCGGUAGACAAAGACAACAAUGGGACCAGUAUGCAAACAGCAUGGAUUGUACUGGAAAUUUUACACAGGACCAGAGAUCUCCAACAGGAGAGAAACCUUUCAAGUGCAUUGUGUGUGGGAAGGCAUUUUCAGAUUCAUCUGCUCUUAAAAAACACCAGAGAACACACACAGGAGAGAAACUCUUCAAGUGCACUGUGUGUGUGAAGGCAUUUUCAAGUUCAUUUAAUCUUAAAAAACACCAGAGAACACACACAGGAGAGAAACCCUUCAAGUGCAGUGUGUGUGAGAUGGCAUUUUCACAGUCAUCUAAUCUUACAAUCCACCAGAGAACGCACAAAGGAGAGAACCCCUUCAAGUGCAGUGUGUGUGAGAAGGCAUAUACAAGUUCAUCUUAUCUUAAAAUACACCAGAGAACACACACAGGAGAGAAACCCUUCAAGUGCAGUGUGUGUUGGAAGGCAUUUUCAAGUUCAUUUUAUCUUAAAAAACACCAGAGAACACACACAGGAGAGAAACCCUUCAAGUGCAGUGUGUGUGAGAUGGCAUUUUCACAGUCAUCAAAUCUUAAAAUGCACCAGAGAACGCACACUGGAGAGAAACCCUUUACGUGCAGUGUGUGUGGGAAGGCAUUUUCAAGUUCGUCUUCUUUUAAAAUACACCAGAGAAUACACACAGGAGAGAAACCCUUCAAGUGCAGUGUGUGUGAGAUGGCAUUUUCAAGUUCAUCUAGUCUUAAAAUCCACCAGAGAACGCACAAAGGAGAGAACCCCUUCAAGUGUGGUGUGUGUGAGAUGACAUUUUCAUAUUCAUCAAAUCUUAAAAUGCACCAGAGAACGCACAAAGGAGAGAAACCCUUUAAGUGCACUGUGUGUGGGAAGGCAUUUUCAAGUUCGUCUUAUCUUAAAAUACACCAGAGAUCACACACAGGAGAGAGACCCUUCAAGUGCACUCUGUGCGGGAAGGCGUUUGCACAGUCGCCACAUCUUCAUAGACACCAGAGAACACACAGGCAUCAGAAGACCCCCAAGGAGUGUAGUCUGAAAUCGACUUGUGAAAGUCAAAGUUUUGCACUGAGCCCAUCCCUCCUGAAAAAAGAACCUGAAGUAAAUUCCAGCUUGGACACUAUGAAAUAUAUCCAGGUGAAAUGUGAAGACGCAACAGUGAAGAGCGAAGAAGUGACAGUGAAGAGCGAAGAAGUGAAGGUCAAAUGUGAAGAUGAACAUUCAACUCCAAAAUCGGACCUUCACAUCAAUGGAGGCAACGUGAAGCAGGAGGAGAAUUCUGACUGUGAGGCAGAGCGAGGCAACUCCCAGCAGUGUGUGGAAGUGGAGGUGUGGGUGGACUUCUUAGACAAUACAAAGUCAAAUGGAGAACCUGUAGAUGUGUAAGCUUGAGACAACGAAGCUGCAAUAGAUUCACAUUUGUCACAGGCCUUUAAUGAAAAGAACGUGAAGUUGAACAUUCCAUUCCUAGUUUCAACCUGCAGAGUAAGAGCGGUCAUUAUUUGCGGACCUGUGGGUUGGGUAGAUCUCUAACUAGGAGCGAGAGCCAAUAAGCUCCCAAGCAUUCACUAUGUUAUAAUAAUAUCAUUUAUAUGGUGCUUGCUUAAUUGCCUCAGCAACUCUGAGUUUGUUAUCAUCUCAUCACAAACACUGAAAGAGCACGCCUAUUGGCGUCCUCUGGAUUAACACCGUUAUUAGGCUCGAAAGAAAGCUGUCUCUGGUGUGGACCAAUCAGUUUCAAAGACAAUGCAUAUGUUGUGUCCUAUGACUAACCACACGGCGAUCCGAGGGGAGAGAAUUUCACGUAAAAACAGAGGCACGACCCAUACAUCGAGACUACUGCGAGUUACAGAAGACUAUAAGCGACAGAGAGUACUGCGACGGGCAGACUCCGGGGCAUGGCCUCGAGAUCAACAAUGGGUGGUGUGUCUCGCAGAUAAGAGAGGCAAAGUGAUGCUCGGUGCUGAGUUCGACAUGGACCGACAGAGUAUCGCUGAGAGUUUUAUUCUACAUUUAUCCUGAUGUUUUGAGUCGCUUGCAAAGUCAAGGAUUGCGAUAAGUUGUAUUAAGCUUUCACAGUUGUUCAAGAGGUGUGCAAAUACAAUUUACAAGUUUUGAGCGUGAGUUCCAGCUCCCACGAGCAGCUGCGAUCAGCAGGCUUCGGGGAACCUGCCCCCGUGACUGGCACAUCGUCAACGAGCUGCACCAGCAGAAGCCACGAGUCUAUGAAAUCAACACAAAGAGUUGAAUUACUGCAAGCAGCAAGCUCUGGGGUGGGACUCUGCAAUCAACCAAGGAUGAAGAGGCUUGCCGAGUACCAAUGGGUCACCGAGUACGAGCUCGGGGCUGACAGAAGAAGUAUCGCUCAAAGUUGUUCUACACUGAGUACCAGCUCCCACGAGCAGCUGCAGCCCGAGAGAUAGAGUGACGAGCAACGACGAGCAAUCAACCGGGAGAAAGGGUGGAAGCCCAAGCAUCGACCAAGCCAGCAUCGCAGAGAACCAGCUGCACGCGCAACCAGGCAUCGCCAGAGAGCACGGUAGCCAGAGAGAGAGCGCAGCAGCGCCACCGAGAAAGGGUGUCAGCUGCCAGCGGACGAGCGGCGAGCGCUGUCGAGCACCUUGAAAGACAAGCAUCGUGCCGACUCAGCUCAUCCAGCAGGGGAAAGAGCCUGACCAGCUGCCUGUGAGGAAGAGGAGAGUGCCAGCGAGAGCGCCGUGGGUUCGACCCACACACACCGACCAGCACCAGCUGUGAACCAAGACACGAGUGAGGAACGGCGACAAGCAGACGAGCUGCGGGCGCUAUCUGACGACGGAAUCAUCGCGCACUGCUGACGGCGAGCGUCGUGCCGACUCUUCACCCAGCAAUGGGCAGCAGCUUCAGCUGCCGCCGAGCGAGAGAGAGCGAGGAAGCUGUGUAUAUGACCCUCCCCCACACUCGCAUACCACGUAUCAUCCAGCGUCUACUUGACGCAUAGAAUUGAUCGAGGAGACAAAACCACCAAACACACACAUACCGCACAUACCGGGACUAAUAAUAAUAACAAUAAUGAUAAGAGUGUGUCAAGUAUUAGCUGAUAGUGAAGAACAUUGCUGCCCAUUGAGUCACGUAGAUACGGUCAUUGAGAAGUUUUUUAGUCGGUCUUUUUGUUAAUUUUAACUACCGAUGAAUUCAUUGACGAAACUAAACAUUUAGAAACCUUUGUUACGAAUCCACACACUCACAGGGGAGACUAUUGUGUUUAAAUCUUUCUUUUGAUCACAGAAUCUUGCCCGCAAAUUUAUUGAAGCCUUAGCCAAUUGAUAAACAUUUGCUGAAGCAGGCACACUGCCACACACCAUUGUUCCAAGACAUUUAGUUAAUUACAUAAUCUACCAAUGAAUUCAUUGAAGUCUACUUUUGCAUUGGGGACAUGUUUCUUUAUUGCCGUUCGUAUGAAUAUCGUCACAUUUAUUUUUAAAUCCUUUAUAUUAAGUUCGCUUGCUUGCUUGCUUGCGUGCUUGCUUGCUUGCUUGCGUGCUUGCUUGCUUGCUUAGGACCGUGCAAAUCUUUCGCUCGUUUUUUAACCCACUUCCCGUGAUCCAAUUGAGCUGACAUUUUCCACACAGACUCGUUGUGCGAGACAAUGUUCGUGAAAAAUUUUUUCAAAAAUGUAACACUUUUUAGGCAAAAAUUUUUUAUUUUACAUUUAUUCAAAUACAACUCAUUCAUGGCUUUGGCUGAACGUCACAGUAUAGGAGCCCAGAGCGUAACCCCUCCACAGGCCAUGGCGGAGUAGCGCAGUUGGUAGCGCCCUCGCUUCCCAUGCCAAAGGUCGCGGGAUCGAUCCCCGCGUCCUCCACAGGCGAAUAUAUUUUUAAAUCCUUUAUAUUAAGUUUGCUUGCUUGCUUAGGACCGUGCAAAUCUUUCGGUCGUUUUUUAACCCACUUCCCGUGAUUCAAUCGAGCUGAUAUUUUCCACACAGACUCGUUGUGCGUGACAAUUAAUUUUCGUCAAAAAAAUUUCCGAAAGUUUACACUGUUUAGUGAAAACAAAUUAAAUAUGUAAUUACCAAUUGCUUAAUACUGGCAGACAAUCAUCUGACCCAUAGGUGGCAGCCAUCUCAAGCCAGAGGACGAGAGGACUCUAGCCGCCACGCAUAUAAAGGAUUUAGAGUGAAAAACUUUGUUUUUACGGGUUAAGUUUUUUAAGGACUUUUUCCUAUGCUCGCGUGACUCUUAGGAAUUAACCUAUUGCUCUGUUACCCAGUUUAACAGCGUAAUCAUGGAGGGUUAAAUGGUCGGAUCAAUGAGGAGCACAUCUCC